CCGCGCUGUUUGACAGCUCGCGCUGGUUCCGUCCCAACGCGGAAAUAUGUAAUAUUGAGUGGAAUGGUCGCGUUGUUGUUAUUGUGGAUUUAAAGCGAAACUUCUGGUCCACUUUUGGCAGUUUUUUGUUACGAAUCGUCACUGUUUUGUUGCCGUUAAGUCACCGUUGUCAACUUUCACACCAAUGGACGCCCGCGACAGAAAUGGGCAAAGAACUCGACCUCUGCUAGUGCGCUAGCUGCGGUCCGUCGUUGUCCACAAACAUCAGCAUGAAAAGGUUGGUUCUGGCGUCCAUGGGGGCUUUGGGACGCCUUCUGCUGUGUCUGCACCUGCUGUCCUGGGAAGAGAAAGUCUUUCAGGUUGGAGGAGUCAGAUCAGUAACCCUCCCAGAGUCCCUCUUGUUUGUCUCAACACUGGACGGCAGUCUGCAUGCUGUCUCUAAACAGACAGGAGACAUCAAAUGGACCUUAAGAGAAGACCCCAUUAUUCAAGUGCCCGUCUACUUCACAGAGCCGAGUUUUCUACCAGACCCAAACGAUGGCAGUCUGUAUGUCCUGGGUGGAAAACACAAGGAAGGCCUCAUGAAACUGCCUUUUACCAUCCCUGAGCUGGUUCAAUCAGCUCCCUGCAGAAGCUCUGAUGGGAUACUCUAUACAGGUAAAAAGCAGGAUGUGUGGUUUGUGGUAGAUCCUGAGACUGGUGAGAAGCAAACCAGUUUAACCACCUCUGCCUCCGAGUCUAUAUGCCCCAACAGUCCUCUGCUCUACAUAGGACGCACAGAAUAUGUGGUUACCAUGUUUGACACCAAAACUCAGGAGCUGCAAUGGAAUGCAACUUACAAUGACUACUCUGCUCCCCCUUACGAUGAGAAGCAAGACUACAAGAUGGCGCAUCUCGUAUCAAGUGGUGACGGUCUUGUUGUGACAGUUGACAGAGAGUCAGGUGAUGUUCUGUGGAGUCAGAACUACGGCUCGCCCGUUGUGGGGGUCUAUCUGUACUCUGGUGAUUCACUAAGACACGCCCCCCACCUGUCACUUGCCAUGGAAACACUACGGUUUCUCACUUUCUCCUCUACACAUGACCAAGCAGACACAUCUUCCACCUUGAAGUGGAGCUAUCAGUUUGUGAAGGAGCAAGCCAGCGCACAAGCACAACUUCUGCCAACUCUCUAUGUAGGAAAACUGGACUCCCACUUCUAUGCGUCCACCUCACUCGUCCACCAUGGUGUCUCACUGAUGCCUCGGGGUCUGAUCUUGGCACGGAUUGAGGGUCCAGUAACAGAAGAUGUGACUAUGAGAGAGAGGGGGGAGUGUGAAAUCACACCGUCCACCGAUGUGCGCUAUCCGGCAGGAACUCUCAAAAGCCAGCAGAACCAUUGGCUGCUUAUCGGUCAUCAUGAACUUCCUCCAGUUGCUCACACCACCAUGCUCAGGGAGUUUCCAGUCACCCUGCAGCGUUAUAGCGAAGCAGUCAUCCCUCCUCGACCGGCGGCGUCCCCCUACCACCAGCGCUAUUUUCAGAAUGUCCGUGGUCACCAUAGUGAAGAUAAUACCUAUGCAGGAGGUGUGAAUGAAGAGACACCACGACAGCUGGUGAAGCCGUCUCCUGUGCUGCCCGUCUACCUGUCUCACGAUCGUCUCACUCUGGCUGUCCUCACCUUGCUGCUGGGAGGAUGGCUGGCCUUCGCCCUCACAUACCCCUCUUGGGCAGGCCAACAGCAGAAAGCUCAAAGGCAACCAGAUGAAGCUUUGGAAUCUGACCUCCAGAGGGUGCAGACAAACACACUCACUAAUGCGCAGACUGUGGCCUCAGUUUCUUCAGACUCAGCCCCCUCUGGAGAUUCAAACCACUCCACUGGCUCCCAGCCUGGAUGUACUGACCCUCUCUCUAGUCCUCACAGCAGCACCUCAGAGGUUAAUGAAAACGGCUCGGCAGGGUACAAGCUCACAGCAGAGGGAAACAGUGAUGAGAUGCAAGUGGGUAAAAUCAUCUUCACUCCAACUGAAGUUCUUGGACAUGGUACAGCAGGAACGUUUGUCUUCAGGGGUAAAUUUGAUGGGCGCAAUGUGGCCGUGAAGCGAAUCCUACCGGAGUGUUUCGAGGUGGCAGAACGUGAGGUGCAACUCCUCCGAGAGUCUGACACGCACCCAAACGUCAUCAGAUACUUCUGCACAGAGAGAGACCGUCUCUUCACAUACAUCGCCAUUGAGCUGUGCACUGCGACUCUGCAGCAGUAUGUAGAAGAUCCGUCCUGUUUUCUUGAUCUGAAUGCUAUAACUUUACUGGAGCAGACGAUGUGUGGACUGUCACACCUCCACUCUCUCAACAUCGUCCAUCGUGACCUGAAGCCAAGGAACAUCCUCCUUUCUGGUCCUAGUGCCCUGGGCGAAGUCCGAGCUCUCAUCUCUGAUUUUGGACUGUGUAAGAAGAUCCCAGACGGUCGGCGUAGCUUCUCUUUACGCUCGGGGAUCCCAGGAACUGAAGGGUGGAUCGCUCCUGAAGUACUGCGGGACACACCUGGCAACAAGCCUACGGCAGCAGUAGACGUGUUUUCUGCAGGCUGCGUGUUUUACUACGUGGUCAGCAGGGGGCAGCACCCUUUCGGAGAUCCGCUGCGACGUCAGGCCAACAUCCUGUCGGGGGAAUAUUCCCUCUCACAUUUUAAGGAGGACGUACACGAUGACGUCAUAGCACGGGAUCUGAUUGAGCUAAUGAUCAGCGCGGAGGCGGAUUCGCGCCCCUCGACUUCCUGCGUGCUGAAACAUCCGUUUUUCUGGAGCGGCGACAAGCAGCUGCUCUUUUUCCAGGAUGUGAGCGACCGCAUCGAGAAGGAAUCAGCCGACAGUCAGAUUGUGAUCCGACUGGAGUCUUCGGGGAGAGCCGUGGUUCGAACCAACUGGAGGAUGCGCAUCUCGGUGCCGCUACAAACAGAUUUGAGGCGUUUCAGAACAUACAAAGGGAACUCAGUGAGAGAUCUGCUGAGAGCCAUGAGGAAUAAGAAGCAUCACUACCACGAGUUGCCACCGGAGGUGCAGGAGACUCUGGGAGAGCUGCCCGAAGGCUUCGUCAGCUACUUCACGUCACGGUUUCCACGGUUACUGCUUCACACGUAUGCUGCUUUGCACAUUUGUGCCCACGAGAGACUCUUCCACCCUUACUAUCUGCCGCCGAACGCCAAAUAGCAACCGAAAGACUCUGCACUCCACCACGUCUACAAAAAAAAUUACACGUUUACUCUUGUGCCAGAAGAAAUUCAACUCUUUUUCCAUUAUUCUAGUUUUUUUUUUUGUUUUUUUUGGAGGCAAUAACAGUGCUGUGGAAAAAAACAUGUAAAUACCCUUUGGGUUGUUUUUAUGCAUUUAUUUAUUUAUUAUGCCGUUGUUAGAUAGGACAGGAUUUGAAAGUAAUACAGGGAUGCCAUAUCUUUUAAAUACUUUUUUUUUUAAGUCCAGAAAAUUCUUUGCACAUGUGCAGUUUUUUUAAUUCAAGUGCAAAAAUAUAUUUAUAUUUAUAUGCACCAUGUAGAUUGUAUUGUAACAAUGUGUCAGUCCAUGUGACACCAUGUUGUUUAUUUGAACUGAGCCUGGCACAGUCCAGUGGCUUUUUGGGCCUGACCACACACCAGGAGCUGAUGGUCCAGCUCCUAGGAUCACUGGAGCCCACAAACCCCUCCACCACCUAGAUUGGGGCUGUCUCUGAAGUCCUGCAGACUCUGUACUGGAAAGAGAAAGAGCUGAGCCUCGAGGUGAAACUCUCAAUUUACCAGUCGAUUUACACUCCUAUCAUGACCUACAGUCAUGACCUUUGGGUAGCGACUGUAAGAAUAAGGUUGUGGAUACAAGCCGCGGAAACGAGAUUUCUCCGUUUGGGUAUCAAGGAUUACACUCGGGGCAGGGUGAGAAGUAGAGAUAUACAGGUAGGACUCUGAGUAGAGCCGCUGCUUCUUCACAUCAGAAGGAGCUAGCUGAGGUGGUUAGGGCAUUAUGUGAAGAUACAUCCUCGUCAUCUCCCUAGUGAGGUCUUCCAUCACUGCAGAGACUGUAUCUGACCGCUGGGUUGGGGAGACCUCAGGAUACCCAAGGAAGAGGUUGAGGACUUGGCUGAGCUACUUUGUCUGCUGCCACUGCAACCCGGAGAAGCAUCAGAAAAUGGGGAAGGUUGAAAAAAAAAAUCAGAUUGUUACUGCUUCCAAACUAUGUAACAAAUAUUACAGAAAUUGAUUAGCAGGAUAUAUAUAUAUAUAUAUAUAUAUAUAUUUAAAAAGACUGAAAAUGUAUUCACUGGUGAAGGUAUUUGUUUCUGUAUCAAACCAAUAGGCAACAUUUUUUAUUACAUUUUGAAAUAAGGUAUUUUAUCAAGUUUUAAGUUCAAAAUAAAUCAAAAAUAUGUUUAAGUAAAAAUCCACUCUUUUGAGCCAAACACUCUGUGCAUCGGUACGCUGUUUCAGUUUGCAGUUACAGGUUCCAAAAAUUAACUAUUACUGCCAGUAAAGGCUGAGAACAUAUUUUAAUGGAUUCUUGGUGGGAUUUAUUUUCAGGUUUAUAAAUUUUUCUCACAGCACUGUAAGGAUGCAGAAAACAGUUUUUUUUGUUUUUUUUUCCUCUGAGAUUAAAAACAUUUUUUUCUUAUUCAUCUUUGGCGCCCACCAAAGCAUCAUGUUGUCUGCUGAUACUCUAAGAAUUUUUCCAAUGUUUCCUAACAUGUGGGCCGCUGAUCCUGCUGAGCUUUGUCGCUCACAUGUCCAUUACUGCAUCGCUGAAGGUAGUUACACUGUUUGAAGACUGCACGGAGCUGCGUCACUGAAGACGUCGCUACAGAACACUGUUUGAAUGUGAGCACAAUGCAGAUGUUGCCAAACUCAGAUUAUGAGGAUGUGAAGGCAGCAGGUUUGUUUUUUUUAAACCAUUUCAGAGCUACUUUAAACAUGUCUUGAUGUUUACCGUUUUAAAUGAAAUGCAUCAGAUCUCACUUUGCUGAAUGUUGGUGUCACCAGAAGCUUCUUUGUUUCCUGUUUUUACGCUAAUGCCAUCAAAGAUCCUGUAAACUAAAUGAAUGGUUUAUCUAUCAGUCUGCUGUGGAAUGAAUGAAGAAAUUUUUUUUGUACUUUUUUGAAUAAGUGAAAUUAAACAAUGCUUUGAUUGUGACAAAG